UAUUUUUUAUUUUCCUCCUUGGGGUAGAAAAAGUGGUGAAUUUUGCAAAUUCUUUUGUCUAUUUCUCCGACGUCCUUCAUCUUCACUCUCCGGUCAACACCGACCGGAUUCUUAUCUGAGAGUCUCAACCUAAAACAUUUACAACUAUUUUUGUUUCCGUGCUGCAAUUUCGAGAGAGUGUGUAUAAAGGAUUCGAUCGCCAUUGCUUGAAUUUCAAAACCUUUUAUUUUAUUUUUGGUGGGUCUGUAAGUUGAAGUGUGAGCUUCAUCUUCGUCUGGGUUGCUGGGAGUUUGAAAGCUGUCGUUUGUUUUCGACUCUUUUUAUAUUAAAAAACUUUGAGAUUCCUUCUUCUUCUUUUUAUUUAAUUGAAAGCAAGAUCUGGGUUUAGUCAGAUUAAGCCGAAGAUCGUGCCCUACUUAAACAAAAAAGAAAAAAAAAAAUCUGGGUUUCUCGAGGAGUGAUUAAUGCACAGAGUGUGUUGUGUGGAGAUUACAUUUUCUCUGAGUGUUAUUAGGAAGGGAUAAUUAAAACUUGAGCAGAGUUAUCUUCUAAAUAACAAUUACUAUAUUGUUUUCUGUCCUUUUGAAUCUCUCUAGUUUUUAUAUAUUUUUCUAUCAAGUUGAAGAAGCUGUGGUUAGUGUUUCCAGGCUUACUACCCCUUUUAAGUGUUCGAUGAAAUUCCUCUGAGAGUCUUUGGGAACUGUGGGAGUUGGGGUUUGGUGGGGUGUGAUUUAGAAAAAUGUGUAAAAUGGACAAGUUUCUUUACCACAGGAAACUCUGGGAGAUGAAUGUUAGGCUUUUAGGAGAGAGUAAAGUUGAGAAACUCAAGAACUCUUUUGUUUCGAGGCCUCGUAUGAGCCUGUGGAUGAUUCGUGCCGUUACUGUUUUGUUGCUUUGGAGCUGUUUCGUUCAUUUGAUGGCUUUGGGUGAGAUGUGGGGACCAAGAUUGUUUAAAGGCUGGCCUUCUUGUUUCAAUCACAAUGGUUUCUCCUCUGCCGCUGAUAUGACCUCUCUCCCCACUAAAAUUGCUCUUCCUCCUAAAAGGAUAUAUGUUAACAAUGGUUACCUUAUGGUUUCCUGCAAUGGAGGACUCAAUCAAAUGCGAGCAGCGAUAUGUGAUAUGGUGACUAUUGCAAGAUACAUGAAUGUCACACUUAUUGUCCCGGAGCUUGACAAGACCUCGUUUUGGAAUGAUCCAAGUGAAUUUAAAGAUAUAUUCGAUAUGGAUCACUUCAUAAGCUCAUUAAGAGAUGAAGUUCGGAUACUCAGAGAAUUACCUCCAAGGCUUAAGAAAAGGGUUGAGCUUGGAAUGUACCACGAAAUGCCUCCUAUUAGUUGGUCAAAUAUGUCUUAUUACCAAAAUCAGAUUCUUCCACUGGUGAAGAAACAUAAGGUCUUACAUCUGAACAAAACGGAUACACGACUUGCUAAUAAUGGACUGCCCGUGGAGGUUCAGAAGCUGAGGUGCCGAGUAAAUUUUAACGGGCUUAAGUUUACUCCUCAGAUUGAGGAAUUGGGUAGACGAGUAGUCAAGAUUCUUAGAGAGAAAGGUCCCUUUCUCGUCCUGCAUCUCAGAUAUGAAAUGGAUAUGUUAGCAUUUUCUGGUUGCUCACAUGGUUGCAACCCUGAGGAAGAAGAAGAACUAACAAGAAUGAGAUAUGCUUAUCCAUGGUGGAAAGAGAAAGUCAUCAACUCUGAGCUGAAGAGAAAAGAUGGCCUUUGCCCUUUAACUCCUGAGGAAACCGCUCUCACGCUGACCGCAUUGGGUAUUGACCGAAAUGUUCAAAUUUACAUAGCUGCUGGAGAAAUCUAUGGUGGUCAAAGGCGAAUGAAGGCUUUAACAGACGCUUUUCCAAAUGUGGUCCGGAAAGAAACCCUACUCGAACCCUCAGAUCUAGAUUUUUGUCGGAACCAUUCAUCUCAAAUGGCUGCACUUGAUUACCUAGUGGCUCUUGAGAGCGAUAUAUUUGUUCCAACUAACGAUGGCAACAUGGCUAGAGUCGUUGAAGGUCAUCGCAGAUUCUUGGGGUUCAAGAAAACAAUCCAGCUGAAUAGGAAGUUCUUAGUUAAGCUGAUAGAUGAAUAUACUGAAGGAUUGUUGACUUGGGAUGUAUUUUCAUCCUCGGUGAAGGCGUUUCACUCUACUCGAAUGGGAAGCCCGAAGAGACGGUUAGUGGUUCCCAAUAGACCAAAGGAAGAAGACUACUUCUAUGCCAACCCGCAUGAAUGUUUGCAGCUGUUAGAUGAACCAUUGAGAGUCCUUUGAGGGAUGUGACUUAUCCAUUGGCGAGAGAACAACUGAAAUAUCGGGUCUAAAGCUCUAAUUUACUACAGUCUGAAAGAUGAAUUUACAGUGAGUUUUACAGAUUGAAGUUUAAGGGUUCUUGGGUGUAGAGAUUUCUGAAAGAGCUUACAUGGAUGAACCAGAAGAUACGUUAGUUGAAAGCUUACAUUGUAAAGUUUGGCAUCCAUGGCAUUGCCAGUUUUGUUAGCUAAAUAAGAAGUGCCAUUUUGUGUAAUUAAACCUUGGUUACAGUUAAAGAUUAUAUAUAUAUUUCAGAUCAUUAUAUUCUC